GGCUGGGGCGCGGGGAUGGAGGACGCCGUGGCCGGGCCCCGGCUCCGGGCGGCGGCCGAGGCGGCCGAGGCGCGAGCGCAGCCCGGGGGGACGCUGCGGCCCUUCGCGCCGUUCUCGGGGGCGGCCGAGGCCGACGAGGGCGGCGGCGACUGGAGCUUCAUCGACUGCGAGAUGGAGGAGGUGGACCUGCAGGACCUGCCGAGCGCCACCAUCGCCUGCCACCUGGACCCGCGCGUGUUCGUGGACGGCCUGUGCCGGGCCAAAUUUGAAUCCCUCUUUAGGACAUACGACAAGGAUAUCACCUUUCAGUAUUUUAAGAGCUUCAAACGAGUCCGAAUAAACUUCAGCAACCCCUUAUCUGCAGCAGAUGCCAGGCUCCAGCUGCAUAAGACUGAAUUUCUCGGAAAGGAAAUGAAAUUAUAUUUUGCCCAGACUUUACACAUAGGAAGUUCCCACCUGGCUCCCCCAAAUCCAGACAAGCAGUUUCUGAUCUCUCCUCCUGCCUCGCCGCCAGUUGGUUGGAAACAAGUGGAAGAUGCCACUCCCGUCAUAAAUUAUGAUCUGUUAUACGCUAUCUCCAAGCUAGGGCCAGGGGAAAAGUAUGAAUUGCACGCAGCGACCGACACCACCCCCAGCGUGGUGGUCCACGUCUGCGAGAGCGAUCAGGAGAACGAAGAAGACGACGAGGCAGAGAGGAUGAAGAGACCCAAGCCCAAAAUCAUCCAGACCAGAAGGCCGGAGUACGCGCCUCUCCACUUAAGCUGAACUGGCCCUUCCCCCAGGGGGGAAGAAGUAUUCUGAAUCACACCCACGGGGAGGAAUCUUGUACUGUGGAAGUGGCCGCUCACGACCCGGGAGGUGACAGCCGUGAUCCCGGUGGCAGAAACUCCAGUUCACGUUGCUCAGAAGAGAAUCGGGGCUCCGUCUCAUGGUCCUGAUGCUGCGCCUCUGCCGGUGUCCGUGGCUUCCGGGAAUGUCCUGAGCCCAUCACUGAGUUUGAGGUGAUCGCACAAGGACAUUUGGGCACAUCUCGGGAAGACUGAUAAUGGUAGCGUUCCCUACUUGUUCUUUUCCAGUAGGUUCUGUUUUCGUCAAGGGCAGCUUCAUCCCUGGGUGUGGGGAGAGCCUUCUGUUUCCAGCCAGCCUGAGGGGUAGGCUCUCUCUCCUGUUAGGCAGAGGCACCGCGGUGCCACCAAGUGUCUGGGGCAGAAACGUUGUGAAAACGAGAACGAGGCAAUGUGGGAUUUGUAGUGUUUCAUUUUCUCCCCCCUCAUGUUCUAAUGUUUGUGCAUGUAUACUUACUGAUUUUCAGAACUAACCUUUGUUCGUGUAUAGAGUUACGCCACUGUUAGUUUUACAUCUUUUGGGAAGACGGGAGAGCAUUUGAAAGAUCUGUCAUCACCUUUCCAGAUUCCUGACUCUUUUCGCAACUGCAGUCACGCGGGGAAUCUCACCGGCCACACGGCCGCCCCGCAUCCUAACCCCCCGCAACAUCCACCCUGUGCUUUGGCAAGAGAAGUCGAGCUCAAAUUCCUGCGUAGAGUUUCGCUUUAUAAAAUUCAGAGAAUAGCAGUGUCACUGCCAACUUUCAAUGGGUGAGAAAUUUUAGUUUAGGUGUAUUGGGUCAGACAUCUGUUCCAUUGAUUUCUUUUACGUGGUGGUUUAUCCACAUGAAUCAUAGCCCAAAAAGAAACCUUUUUGGGGAGCUGUUGGCUGAGAUAGUUGAUUUUUUUUUUUACUCCACUAAAACAUCAAGAUAAACUUGUAAAUAAAGCUGAUAGCAUAUAUUCAUACCUAUUGUACACUUGGGUGAAAAAUAUGGCAGUGGAAGAGUGGUGUCAGAUUAUUACCCUACCUGUGACUUGUAUGUCGUAGAAAACGCUGUUAAACGUUGGACAGGACUUGAAUUCAAAGCAUGUGAAGUGGAUAUCGUACACGUGUGGUGGAAUGCAAGAGAUGCAGUGCCUUUCCCCAUUCAUUCCCGAUGGAAUCGUUACAGUCGGUUAAAGUCUGUAAUUUUUUUUUCUAGUUGUAACGUGUCUGUCUGGUAAAUAGGUAUCCUAUUUUGGCCUUACGAUACCGUAACAAGAUGCAUCGUUUUGAAAAUACCUAAUGCCAAGUACCAGUGCAUGCUUUGGAAAUUUGGAAGAUGGUUCCCUUUAAGAAGCAAAUACGUAUUUGAUUGUUCAUAUCAAGAAACUGACUGAAUGUUCUCAAAACCCUGUUUACAGUACUCAGUGAGGUGGGGGGCAGGUGAGGGAGAGAUCAUUGCCCAGCUGUUCAAGUGUUCCUGGUUAAGUGCUUUUAAACUGGAGAGGCUAACCUCAAACUAUUUUUUUUAACUGCAGUCUAUAAUAAUAAAUCAGCACAAUAUGCUCUUUACGGAAA